CAUAUCUGACAAGGAUAUGGGCUUUGUGGUCGUUUCGCUCCCCUUGACAUUGAUCAACCCUUUUAUAAGAAGAAGAAAAUAGAAGAUGACUAGUCAGGCAAAUCAAAGCUCAAUAUUUCUCGAUGUGUUUCGAAGGGCAGACAAAAAAGAUAAUGGACAGAUAUCGUGGGAGGAGUUUGUCUCCUUCUUUGCCGAUGGUGUCAUGGGGAAAGAAGAAUUGGAGACUUUGUUUAAGCAGAUUGACACACAUAACACCAAUUACAUAGAUCCUGGUGAGCUUUGUCAGUUUUUCUCCCAACAUUUGGGAGAAUUUAAACAGAUAUAUGAUGUGGUGGAAGAUCUUCAUACCAAGAUUAAUACGGCUUUGCAUACUACAGCAAAGACAUAUCCAGCAGAGACCAGAAUGAAUAAGUUCAUUAAACGUUUCCUGAUGAAGGAAGUGACCAAUCAGGUGUCAGCAUUACAGUUACCUCUAGAAUCUGCAUCAGAAGGAAUGGAUGAACUAGCUAAGGAAGAAAGUGGUGAUAUUAAGCCAGUUGAAGCAUCUGACGUUCUGAAGAAAUCUGAUAUUACACCAGGACGUGUGGGAAGACGUGCUAAACGUCAAACCAGUAACCAGUCACAAAACAGUAUUUUUGAUGGAACAAUGUCUUCAACUUUGACUGCCCAGGUAGACAGACUUUCUACUUUACUGGACAGACUAGAACAUGGUGUAAACACUGAUGGCUUUGUGGAUGAAGAUUUAGAGGCUUUGUCAUCAGAUAAAUUUUACUUGGUGGAAUUUGAGACAAAUAUUAAAGGAGAUAGUAAAGAGGUUUUCAGGAAGGCUAUGAGAACUUACAUCGAGGGUGCUAAUAAUACAGAGGGAUGUCUCAGCACAUGUGUUAGAUAUUAUAAGGACAUUGGAUCAUUUGCUUUGUAUGAAAUAUGGGACUCAGAGGAAAAUUUCAAGAAAUAUAAUGGUGAUGGGACUAAGUUUUCUGUUCAGAUGAAAGAUUAUAUUGAUGGUCCUGUCAAUAACAAGGGUCUUGAUUUCCCAGCCUCUUGGUGGAAGAAGAAUGCUUAAUGGACAUAUAUACUCAGCUGUAGAAGACCAAGAUUAAGAAGCUCAUGUUAUAGAUAUGCAUGUUUAUAAUAAUAAUAAUAGUAUAUAGCCAAUUUCUUACCUAUUGUUGUUUAUAGAAAUAUUACGACCAUUGUUGACUAGAUCUUAUUUAUUGUUUUAUUCCUAUGUUUUACACCUUUAAUGGAAGUUAUAUAUGUUAUUGAACGAAUUUCAGUUUUUUAAACACAUGUUAUAAGUUGACCAAGUAUUCAACCAGUUUAAAUAUCAUAAUAAACUUGUGAAAGGGUCAUUCAGUGGUGACUGUUAAAAGGAAGAAAAGCAAUAUUUUGAGUAUUUUUUACUCUUUGUACAAGGAUGAUGAAAUAAUGAAAAUAAUUAUUGAAUAUGAAAUAAAACAAUAGGAAUCAAGCAUUUAUAGUCUCAAUUGUGAAGCCUUUAUUAUAAAUUCUUUAUAGUAAGAUUAAGUAAAAAAAACAACCAGAAAUAAAGAGUCAUCUGACUUAAGAUAUCCGAUGAGUAUAGUCAUGACAAAUAUUAUAUUUUUACUUGUAUUAUUUAUUUGUUGUUUGCUGUUAUCCAUGGACUUAUUUUAAAUCAUAAUUUUUAGAACACGUUUUCUUUGUUUUUUUAAAGGUAUAUUAUUUGUUAUAUGUUAAAAGGUGUUAAUUUGUCCCAUAAAUGUUAAGUCCCCAGUCUUUAUUGCUCCUUUUAAACCCUUUAAAAGAAAUUUUUUACUUGACUAUUAUCUAAAAGACUACUUCAUUUUGAAAAUUUCAAAUAAUGUUUUACUGUCUGUUGUAAUCAAGCAUUUAUUGUCCAACAUUGUGACACCUAUAUUAUUUACAGUUCAUAGAAAAGAAAAUUAUUUGUAUAUGACAUAUUUUAAAAUGUGUACGUAAUGUAUUCAUAAUACUCACUAACAACUUAAUGCACCUUAUGAUAGGUUUAAUGUUUAUAUUUAAUUAAUUUGAUAUCCAUAGAGGACACUUUUGUAAAACAUUUAUAUACAUGUAUGUAUUUUUGUGCAAUAAAGUUAGAACUUAUACAAGGUCUGUGCAUGUUGCCAUUGUUCUCAAAAUCCCAAAAAAUAAUAAUUAUUCAAAAAUGAGACCUUAUUGAUGCAAAAAUUAUUCAAAAUUAGGAUUUUUAUCAACAAACUGCACAAUUGAUGCUUUAACCAUGUCAUUGCCCUCACUUGUUCAUUUUAAAUUAGUCAAUUAUGGCACAGAUUUCUCAGUCAAAUGAUUAUGACAAUCAAAAGGAAUUAAAGGACCAAUGGGGUGAACCUACUUCUUUUCAGGCAAAAGUGCGCACAACUUCUGGAAUUUGGGUUCAGACUUCACAUACAGCUAGUUUUCUGAUGAUCAUUUUAAAGUUGCUUUUAAUGUUUCAUGUUUAUGGAUUCCAGUAUGUAUUUGAUUUUGAACACCACUGCUUAUGGUGAAUCAAAUUAAUCUUCAUAUGUUUUUUGUAAUGAAAGUAAAAAGAUACCAAUAAACCAAUUAAGAAAGA